UCCUUUCUCUCUUGUUUUAUUGUAAUUUCGCUUAAUUACAACACUUAAUUAAAAUACUUUUCCCUAAUUAUUUUAUUUUAAUUUGGAUUUUGUUUCAAAUAAAAAACAUUAAAAUAAAUAAAAUAUCAAUUUUAUACUCACUUGAAUUUCCCUAUCAAUUCCUUUGAUCUUUUCUUUGAGAUUACAGCACAGGUCUCAUCGUAUGGAUUCUAAAUCAGUUGUGGAUAUGAUAGAGGCUUCAUCAAGAGCUCAUUUUUCUGGAUUUCAUAUGGAUGCUUUAGGGUCGAGAAAUGGAGAGAUGGGGCAGCCAACAACAUCUGAAAAUGGUGGGAUGUACAAACAGCCAUUUGUCAUCGGAGUUGCUGGGGGAGCAGCUUCUGGAAAAACGACAGUUUGUGAUAUGAUUAUUCAACAACUUCAUGAUCAGCGUGUAGUACUUGUUAACCAGGAUUCCUUUUAUCACAAUCUGACUGAAGGGGAACUCACAACAGUUCAAGAUUACAAUUUUGACCAUCCUGAUGCCUUUGACACUGAACAACUACUAUGUGUCAUGGAGAACUUGAGGCAUGGGCAAGCAGUAGAUAUCCCGAACUAUGACUUCAAGAGCUACAAAAAUGAUGUUUUACCUGCAAGAAGGGUUAAUCCAUCAGAUGUUAUAAUUUUGGAAGGCAUACUUGUUUUUCACGAUACACAAGUUCGAGAAUUGAUGAACAUGAAGAUAUUUGUUGAUACAGAUGCUGAUGUACGUUUGGCGAGAAGAAUAAGGCGUGAUACUGCUGAGAAGGGCAGAGAUAUUGGUGCUGUUCUUGAUCAGUACUCAAAAUUUGUGAAGCCAGCUUUCGAUGACUUCAUACUUCCAACCAAGAAAUAUGCAGAUAUCAUCAUUCCCCGUGGAGGAGAUAAUCAUGUUGCUGUUGAUUUAAUUGUACAGCAUAUCCGAACAAAGCUUGGACAACAUGAUUUAUGUAAAAUAUAUCCUAAUUUAUAUAUGAUUCAGUCAACCUUUCAGAUACGUGGUAUGCAUACCCUUAUACGUGAUGCUCAAACAACAAAGCAUGACUUUGUUUUUUAUGCUGAUCGGCUGAUUCGUUUGGUUGUUGAACAUGGUCUAGGACACCUACCGUUUACAGAAAAGCAGGUGACCACACCCACAGGGUCAGUGUACACAGGUGUGGAUUUCUGUAAGAGGCUAUGUGGUGUCUCUGUAAUUAGGAGCGGUGAGAGUAUGGAGAAUGCUUUGCGAGCAUGUUGUAAAGGCAUCAAGAUCGGGAAGAUACUUAUUCAUAGGGAAGGAGACAAUGGUCAGCAGCUAAUCUACGAGAAAUUGCCACUAGACAUCUCAAAUAGACAUGUUUUGCUAUUGGAUCCAAUUUUGGGGACAGGCAACUCCGCUGUUCAAGCCAUCUCAUUGCUGAUUAGAAAGGGUGUCCCAGAGUGCAACAUUAUAUUUCUUAAUCUUAUAUCUGCACCUCAGGGAGUUCAUGUGGUCUGCAAAAAAUUCCCAAGAAUAAAGAUAGUAACUUCCGAGAUUGAAACUGGAUUGAACGAAGAUUUUCGUGUCGUUCCUGGUAUGGGAGAGUUUGGGGAUAGAUAUUUCGGAACAGACGAUGAUGACCAACCUGUGGUUGCCCCUGGACAAAAGAUCAAUUAAGAGCUGCCAAUUAUCCACAGGGAGUUGAGAGGAAUCAGCUAAACUUUCUAUGCCUUUUUAAAUGCUGAGUUCUGCAACUUCAGUUUUCAACAAAUUUUGACUUAUAGCAUAAAAUUUUCACCUCAUUUUUCUUCCCUCUUUUUCUCACCUUAAACAUGCAUCGCCUAUUCGCCUACUUCCAUUAUUUUUUCUGCACGAGGGGAGGGUUUUGAUUGCAAUCCGCCAGGAGCGCAAACUCCCCUCCCCUCCCCAAACUAAACUCAAAUAAAUGUUAUCCGUUGUAUGCAUGGCUUAAUGAUAAAUGUAUCUCCAAAUUUAAAUAUCUUACUUGUAUGAUGAAUAUCCAGACUUUUCGUUA